AUGAAUGACUUGGGGCUGCGCAGCACGAGUGACCAGCCGUCAAGGGGUCUUUCUUCCACGCCCCACGCCUUCCACACACUCCCUCCCUCCCCGUCCCUCAACAUCACAACCCGACUCAAGCUGCAAGCCGGGCUGGGGUAUGGAGAGUGGACCUUGACCGUUGAGGUUUACCUUUUGGUAGCUGCUCGGGUAGAAUUGAGUUGGUCAUCAGCUUACGGGGUGACAGGUGACACCUUCCAGGCAAGGCGCAAAAAAAGACCAGAAACGACCAAAAGGAUUGCCAAGCGCAAGCACAGACCCGGCGGCCUGCGCCCCGGGUGA